AUGUCGGAGACCAAGGAUUCAGGAAUUGUGGUAAACCGCCAUACUGGAGAAGCGGAAGUCAGAGAACUUGGAGCGCUAGAGUUCAUUCAUGUAUACGGAAAUAACGGAUCGAAACCAUCGUAUCAAGAAGCUUCAGGAGCACCAGUCGAAAAUGAAUCGCCUCUUGGUUUGCAAGUUACGUGGUUCACUACAAUCUUUUUGAACAUUGGUCAAAUGAUUGGCACAGGUGUCUUCUCAACUCCCGCAAGCAUCUUGUCAGCAGUGGGUUCAGUCGGUCUAGCUAUGAUCUAUUGGACACUCGGUCUACUCAUCUCCGGUUGUCAAUUUUCAAUCUAUACCGAACUCGCCAGUUUCUUUCCGAAUAGAUCUGGAGCUGAAGUAGUGUACCUGGAACAAGCGUAUCCGAGACCAAGAUAUCUUCUGCCGACCACGUUCGCUGUGCAAUCGGUUUUACUUUCCUUCAGCAGUAGUAAUGCUAUUGUCAUGGGUAAUUAUCUAUUUGCUAUGGCUGGUUACACACCCUCAUCUUGGGAGCAGAAGGGAUUGGCAGUUGCUUGCAUAACUUUCAUUACCCUUCUGGUGAUAUUUAGCACUAAACAUUCUCUCCGAAUAUCAAACGUGAUCGGAGUGAUCAAGCUCAUAACGCUCAUAUUCAUCUCAAUCGCGGGUCUCGUGGUACUAGGUGGCCACACUAAUGUUGCAAAUCCCACAGAGAACUUCAAAAAUGCCUUUUCCGGUACGACAAAUAGUGGUUAUGGACUGGCAAAUGCACUAGUCAAAAUAACCUUUGCCUACGCUGGAUAUGCAAAUGCAUUCAAUGUGAUUGCAGAAGUAAAAGACCCAAUAAGAACCAUAAAACGUACCGGACCCGCUUCGCUUCUCGUUGUGGCUAUUCUCUACAUUCUUUGCAAUAUCGCUUAUUUUGCAGCUAUCCCUAAAGAAACUCUCAAAGAAUCAAAUCAACUCGCCGCCUCUCUUUUCUUCACCGCAGUAUUUGGUGCCGGUAAAUCUGUUCGCGCGCUCAAUUUCCUCAUCGCUCUGUCGGCAUUUGGAAACAUUGUCUCAGUCACCAUAGGGUCAUCUCGCAUCAUCAGAGAAUGCGGUCGUCAAGGUGUACUUCCAUAUCCUCGUAUGUGGGCUUCUACUCGACCUUUCGGAACUCCUCUUGCUGCUUACAUUCUAAAAUGGGGUUUGACUAUUCUCAUGAUUUUGGCCCCACCUUCAGGUGAUGCUUUCAAUUUUAUCGUGGAUUUGUAUAGUUAUCCAAGUAAUCUGUUUUUAUUCGCAUUGACUGCGGGAUUACUCAUUAUUAGGAGGAACAGAAAGAAACUAGGUAUCGUGGACGAUGACUUUAAAACGUGGGAUGUAGCGAUCUAUUUCUCAUUGGCGGUUAAUAUUUUCUUACUGGUUAUGCCAUGGUAUCCUCCUCCCGGAGGAGCUAAUGGUGGCGAUGUGAGCUUUUGGUAUGGUACUUAUUGUGCCGUUGGCUUGGGUAUCAUGGGUGCCUGUAUCCUCUACUACGCUUUCUGGAUCUACAUUCUGCCGUACUUUGGUAAAUACCAGAUCCGGCAAGAAUUGAUAGUUAUGGAUGGUGAAAGUUCAAAAGCUCAUCGGCUGAUCAAAGUACCAAAUGCUGAGCUGGAAGCUUGGGACAGAGAGCAUGAUGCGUUGGGGAGAAAAAUCGAUUCAAGUUCGCCAUCGGAGGAUGGUGGGGCUGAGAACGUUUUGGAAAAAGAGUGA